AUGGUUUGGCGUGCACUCCCUUUUUUGCUGGUGCUAUUGAUUGCUGCAUCAACCUAUGCCGAAAGUGGAUUGAAGGAAGCGAGCCAUGGUGGUGGUGGCGGUGCUGAUUUUAGGACUACUCCCAAGAACAUCCUCUUCAGUUCAGUGGGUGGUGGAGCAUCACAUAAUAGCUGGAUAAUAAGGAUAUUGGAUCAACUGCAUAAACGAGGCCACAACGUGUUCUUUGCUAGUACAGACACCGAGUUGAAGUUUACCAAUGUUUAUCCACAUAUCAAAACGUCUUCUAUUGGCCCAUCCCAUUACAAGAAAAUGCCUCCUAUCACGCAUAAGCUCAGGUGGCCAGUAUCCUUCGAUGCACCCAAGGUUUAUAAAGAAAACAACAUGCGAGAGUAUGAUACAAACUAUAAUGCGCUCCAAGAAAUCAUCAAAAACGAGUCAAUCGAUGUUGUAUUGUGUGAUCAUGUUUCCUUUGGUUGCCAGCAAGUUGUCAAGGAUUCAAAGCUUCCGCUUAUCAUUACAUUGGUGAUCAAUGAUGCAGAUGAUGCGGAUGCUCCAUACAUAAAUUUGAAUCCAAUCGCUCGUAUGUCGGAUGGCACAACCGAGAACAUGUCAUACGCUCGACGCUUUUAUGAUGCUUUCAUAUGGCGUGCUCAGCUGCUUUGGCAUUUGGACUUUGCCCCAUGGCCAGUCUCCUUGGGGAUCAAUAACAACCGGUGGGAGGAUGCAUUAAAGCUGGUGAACAAUGUGUAUGGGUUGGAGCCUCCAAGGCCGAUGGGACCUUUGGUAGAGCUUGUAGGUCCAAUCUAUAGUGAUGACAUUACAUCAUCACCCGGUAAACUAGAUCCUGGUUUGGAGCAAUUUUUGGAUGAACGUGAAAAGGUUGUUUAUGUUGCCUUUGGGCAAUUUGUAAAGCCCACUACGAUCGAAGUGUCCACACGCGUCUUGUUGAUGCUAUUGGAAAAUUACGAGGCUGGAGGAUUGGAUGGGUUCAUUUGGUCCGCUACACUUGGUACACCCCUCCCCGAUCACGUCACAACAUCAUCUGGCACCCAGUAUCAUCUCAACACCACUGAAUUUCUUAAUGUGGGUCGCAUCGUACCAUGGGCACCACAAAAGGCUAUUUUACGGCAUCCAUCCACUGUCACCUUUGUCACGCAUGGUGGUGCUUCAUCCGUCUAUGAAGCUGCCUAUUACGGAAAACGCAUGCUUUUUGCCGCAUUCUUUGGUGAUAUGAUCUCCAAUUCCCUACACUUUGAACGAACCGCUGGAGGGGUGUGGUUUGUGCUUCCAGAAGCGGAUGCAAAAACAAUGAUAACGUCACUUGCCAAAGUGCUAAAGGAUGAAAAGGGCAUCAUGCAACAAGCCAUGCAGCGCUUACAAGCUAUUGUGCAGAUCCAUGUACAACAUUCUCUUGUUCGUGCUACCGAUCUUGUAGAAGAGGUGGCAUUCACUGCUGAUAAAGAUGGAAAAUUGCCUCAUCGACGGGAUAUUGCACGUAACUUGUCAUUCCUCAAGCGACACAACUAUGACUUGUACUUGGGAUUAUUCGUCUUGGUUGCAGCGUGUAUCAUGCUACCCUAUCGUCUCGUUGUCUUUUUGAAGGAACAUUUGAGAAUCAAAAAGAAGAUUGAAUAG